CUUGACAACUGCGACAAUAUCUCUCCUUCUUUCAUCUCCGUUCACCCUCCUUUUUGCACAUUUUCUAGCACCAUGUCUCGCGAGAGGGUUGUUGCUGGCCCUCCUGCCGUCACCACCACGGAUCCACAGGAGGCGGCAUUAAAGCCAACUUACAAGUCCUACAGGAAAAAAUAUCGCAAGAUGAAGCUGCAGUUCGAAGAAAAGAUGAAGGAGAGCAAUGCCCUAUUCAAAGAGGAGCAAAAAGCUACUGAGCUUGCCCGCCGCCUACAAGAGCAAAACGACCAACUGCUUGAAAUGCUCCUUGACCUUAACGACUCGUCUAAGCUUCCCUCGCAACUCUCAUACGAUCUCGACGACCCGCUCCUCUCUCCUACGGCCUCCCCCAAGCUCUCCGCAUCGGACGCAUCUUCUGAGAAGAAACCAGAAACCAAUGACGCAAAGGGCGGCACUGAGCGCAAGCAAGAGAACCGCUCUUCUCCUUCCGCGCUUCAGGUGUGUACUGGUGACGACGAAAUGGCGAACGGAAAAUCAAAGGGCGCUAUGGCCAACGUCUCCAAGCUCCUUUCGAUCCCACAUACAACGCUCACCUCCAUUCUCGAAGACACGGACUCGUUGCCUUCCGAUCUCAGCGGCUCAUUCCCACCGGGCUAUUUGACCCCUGGUCAUGAGGAAGACUACCUUUUCAACCUGGACAAGACGCUCGGCAUUGGGCCAGCGAUGUUGCCCCCUCGACCUGCUUCGAUUGGUGAGGUAGAUGGUGGACUCGAGGACUUCUCCGCACAUUCUUCACAGCAUCAUUUUAAUCGCGACGUGACCGCAGCGCGCAACCCAGUCUCAGUCUAUAAUUGGCUUCGCAAGCAUCAGCCACAAGUGUUCCUGCAGGACAAUGAGACCCUCCCCCCGGAGAAAGGUGCCGAUGCCCGUGCAAACGCUGCCGGUGGAGCUUCUUCCGCUGCAGGCGGCGGAAGUAUGAGCACGCCGGUCACGGGCUCUAGCCGGAGCAAUAACCCCCGGUCCGCUGCUCGCCGGGCGGCCAACGCAGCUUCAGCCCGCGCCGACCCAGAUUUGAUGGAUGAAGACAGUGCGAUCUAUGGGGAUUACGACGGCAACAUCCCCCCGUCUGCGUCACGCGGCAAGCGUAAGAGAGAAGAUGAUGCCUACCGCCCAAAAGGCGCAGGAGGAAAUCGUCCAGCGAAGCGGAAGCGUGAUGAUUCAGAUCGCGCCGGUCGCAAGCCGCGAAAGAGCAGCACGAGUGGCGGUGGAACUGGAUUGGCCUAAACAUGCUGAUCCUUAGAUGUCUGAAAUACUAAGGCAGAAACUUCACUUGAAUUCGUCAGUUACAACACGUUUCUCAAGCUGUACUCUCCUUUUCGCCUCGCAUGGCACUCAUUUACUAUCGUCAUUUUUCUUUGGUGAUAUUUGCAAUGGCGUUGCAUGCUUGUCCCUUCAUCAACAUAUUUAUAUCAGUGGCGUUAUGCGGACCAUUUCUUUAUAGUGCAUCGGCUUGACUACGCACUGUUCGCUCAAGACAAGAUUGGCGGGCUAGGAACAAGAUCGGCAUCAGGUUUUGGGGUUUCAGGAUGAAAUAAAGGCGGGUGUGGCGCAU